CGCCCUGAAGGGCAGCAGGCAACCCCCGUUGGGGAUGGUGGGGUUGUAGUUCCGGCCCAGCGGGAGGGUCUGUGCGCGGGAGGCGGAGCCGGGGAAGCCCCGGUUCAACCAGGGCUGCCCUAGAGACGCCUUUGGGGAGAGCCCCGGGGGACCCCGCGGCCUCCCACCCCGCCGGGCCCACCCGGCCUGCCGCCUCCUUUAUCCGGGGAGACGCGCGGGGCCCGGCGGGGGCCGCUGCGCUGCUUCUGCCCGGAGGCUUUCCCUGCGGCUUGGUUGGGGGGGCAGAAAGGGGGAGGGACCCGCUCUGUUCAUUCUCAGGCAACGUUUCGUAACCCUUACAGUGACCAGGUGAAGUGGGUGGAGCCGGCUGGCAGGUGCCCUCAGCCAGGAUGAUGGAAUGGACUGCGCUGCCUCAUCUCUUCCUCAGACGCCAGCAGGCCCUAUAAGAGGAGAGCGCGGGGCUGCUUCCACUGACACGUAACAGCGAGGACAGUUGCACGACUGCUGAGCAUUGUGUCCUUGCUAAACUGUUUCAGAGCUCCAGGAUCGCAACAUGGAGCCCCGGCAGCCAGUACCUUUGCUACCGGAGCAGAAUUUUGACCGAGACGUCAAGCAAAACAUGGCCGAACUUUCUCUGUGGACAGUGGUCGCUGCAAUCCAGGCUGUGGAGAGGAAAGUGGAUUCCCACGCCACAAGGCUGCUGAACCUGGAGCGGCGAAUGAUGACCAAUGAGAAAAAGUAUGUGGACUGUGAGAAUGCAGUAGUAGACUUUGGCAAUCAGAUGGAGUGCAAGUUGACUGCUUUGGGGACCCUGAUCCAGGAGUACGGGCUGCUGCAGAGGCGGCUGGAGAACAUGGAGAACCUCUUGAAGAACCAGAACUUCUGGAUCCUAAGACUCCCUCCGGGCUCCAAGGGAGAAACACCCAAGGUGCCCAUGACCUUUGAGGACAAUGCGGUUUACUUUUCCGAGCAGGAGUGGGGGAACCUGGAGGAGUGGCAGAAGGAGCUCUACAAGAAUGUGAUGAAGAGUAACUAUGAGUCGCUGGUCUCUCUGGACUACGCAAUUGCUAAACCUGAUCUUCUGUCCCGGAUUGAACAAGGAGAACGUCCCUGUGAGGAGGAAGAGGAGGUAUCUAAAGACAGAGAGAUUUCUUCAGAACCUAGCCCAGAAAUACUGGUUUUUAGGCCCUGCCUUUCCUCCUCGGUUCAGGAAGAGGGAGAACAUGUGCCAGUUGUCCGAGAAGGAGAGCGCAGUGAAGGAAGGAGGGUCCCACAGGCUCCCAGCAUCGAUGACGGAGUAGCUGAGAUGCCCUUUGGCUCCCAAGGGAAGCAAGAACUGGAGGGGAACAUGGAGGCCACGGACCUCUCGGAGAAAGGCGAGCUGCAUCUCAAACCAAGCACGGCCCUCUCAACAAGCCACGGCUUAAUCAAAAGCGAGCCAGAGAACGACCCUGCAGCCCUUGAGACAUGGAUGAUGCCAGGAGAAACAUCCAGGGAGAGCGCUUUAAAGAAAGAAGAGGCCCUUGAUUCCAGUGGGUGGCCCGCUCUGGGGGAGCCCAGAGGGUUCAGCUCCAACGAGGGCAGUGUGGCAGAGGAAGGGGCUGCUGAUGCCUGCCGGGAGCGCGCAAAGAGUGUGGGGAGCCGGGUUGGCCACCACGAGCGCCCACAAAGUUACAGCGGCCUCACCCCUCCGAGGCGCAACCUGCCCUCACCCCUGGCGAACGGCAGCCCCCUUGUGCGCCCGCUCGGGGGCCACCGGGAGCAGGAGACGGGGGUGCCCUCGGCCGGCCAAGCGGGAGAGGAGGAGGCCUGGGCUUGUCCCCUCUGCCAGCAGCGCUUCCGGCUCCACGUCCACCUGCUGGUUCACCAGAGCAGCCACCGGGCGGCCACCGCUGAGCCCAGCCACAAGGACCCGCUGGGCUGCCCCUUCUGCCCUCGGCGGUUUGGCCGCUCGGACCACCUGCUGCGCCACCAGAUGAGCCACACGGGCGCCCGGCCCCACCAGUGCCCGGCCUGCGAGAAGAGCUUCACGGACAAAAGCAAGCUGACGAACCACUUCCGCACCCACACGGGAGAGCGCCCCUUCUGCUGCACGGCCUGCGGCAAGCACUUCGUCCGGCGGCACCACCUGGCCAAGCACCAGCGCACCCACACGCGCGAGAGGCCCCACCAGUGCCCCCUCUGCCCGAAGAGCUUCAUGCAGAAGCACCACCUCCAGAAGCACCUCCGCACCCACACGGGGGAGAAGCCCUACAAGUGCGGCCUGUGUCCCAAGGCCUUCUCGUCCAAGCAGCGCCUUCUGCAGCACAGCUGCGCCCUGCCUCCGGGGCCCUCUGCCGACGCUGCCGGCCGGGCCUCGGCCCUCCUGAAGGCCGGCAAGACUGGGACCCCCCCCCCCGCCCCCGCCCCUUUGCUGGGGCUCUUCUAGUUCGGGAAGGGGUGGCCAGCAAAACUCACCCUUAAUUCGGAGGCGGCAGCUCCACUUCCUCGGGCAAGGAAAGCAUGGCGCUGAGGGGUGAGGCUGAGUUCCUGUUUGUAGCCUCUGGAUCGCGCUCCUGGUGGAAUUUCUAUGGGAAUCGGGCUGGUGAAGAGUCUGCUCGGCUGGGAAGCAAAGCCUUUGAUCAGCCCCUGAACGUCCACUGCAGUCAGGCAAAUGCCGUGAAUGGAAACACCGGUGUUCAUUCAGCCUGUCGCCAGCUCUGCGUUCUGUGUUUCAGAAGGUCCCGGAGGAUAUGGAAUUGGAAGGACGUGGGGCAGAGGCUGCUUCAGCUGGACGGCUUUCGUGGGGGCUAGUUGUUGUGAAGGUGUGGGUGUUAGAUCGAGAGCGGCAGGGAGGGGAAUCCUCCCAUUGUCUUGGAUCCUGUUUUGGCUUCCCCACCACGUCCUCUGCACGUCUGCCCAGAAACAAAGUUGGGUGAGUUGAACGUGAUGCAUCUCCAAGCAAACAGGACCAGCGCUGAGCAUCGAUCAGAUCAUACCUAGAACUCGUGAGUCCACGCAGUUGCUUUCUUUUAUUUAGAGGCACAAAAGACCUCCAAGAAGAUUCAGUUGUGUCUCGCAGGUUCUCCACCUGCUUGUGUUGCUUCUGAGGCCACGUGAGAAAUUGGUUGUCAGGAUGGGCAAAGACGGAGAUGGUACAGGAGGAGGGCUGGAAGUAGGAUUGGAGUAUUUUGCUUUUCUUUAAGCUCUAUUUUUAUGCUCUUUUAUAGUGCUGCUGUAACUGUUUGGGGAAAACUUACCGAAAAGGUGAAACUUGGGGAUUGGUGGCUGAAAGAGGAUAGUGUUUUUGUUUUUUUUAGUUUGUGUAACACCUCUGCUCCUGUCUGCUGUCUGUGCUCCAUCUUUUUCCUUCAUUAAAAAAUUAUUAUGAGCUUG